UCCUCAUGCUGCUGAUAUGAGAACGUUAACGGUCAGUUGUGCUCAAGGAAGUAGAGGAAGUUGUAGUGCGACAAUGUUGAAUUAACAGCUGCUACAUGUUAUUAUUUAGUGUGAUUAUGUACAAUAACAGUUAGGGCAUAUCACAAGAAUCAAUACGUCUGUAUUUUUUGUUUUAUUUGAAUCCAACAGCCGAUUCUAUCAUUGGAACGAUCUUGUAAUCGUUACAGAUCAUUUCAUUGUGCGCUCGCGCUACGCAUGCAUUUAAUACCGUUGCGUAUAUUCAAUUGCAGCGGUUCGGUUCUCUCACUCUCCUUAAGGACAGUUAGAUCACUUGUGGGCAAUAUCAUGCAUUCAAGCCAGAUGGCGAAGUGUAUGGUUGAUGGAGAUGCAGAUUUAGGUAAAUGCGUGAAAGAUUACCCGGUCUCGGGUAACCAUGUGGACGUACCGGGCUGCGGAGAUUCACUGAUUGUGACCGACGAGAGGCAUACGAGAGCGGGCAGUCCCCGCGGAGCAAACGGGGAUGAUGACUCGGAAGCAGAGUCCUAUCAGGACGGACGUAGCGUGGAUGUGGACCCGGAUACAAGGAGAAAGGCUUUUAACUGGUGCCGUGACUUUCUGUCCGGGUCAUGGAGAACAAUUUCAGAACAUGACUUCAAAAUCAACAUAGUCAGUGGAGGUCUAAGUAACCUGCUGUACAUGUGCAGUCUACCCAACCAUGUUCAGCCCACCGGGGUUGAACCUCGAAGAGUUCUGCUGCGAAUCUAUGGGGCCAUUCUUCAGGGAGUUGAUUCUCUUGUUUUGGAAAGCGUGAUGUUUGCCAUUUUAGCGGAGAGAGAGUUGGGUCCACGUCUCUAUGGCAUUUUUCCAGAGGGCCGUCUAGAGCAGUACUUGCCUAGUAAUCGCUUGAGUACAGAGCAGUUGGGGAACCCUGACAUUUCAGCUGAAAUAGCCAGUAAGGUGGCACGAUUCCAUGCCAUGGAGAUGCCGUUCAAUAAGGAACCGAAAUGGCUAUUUGGAAACAUUGACCGGUACAUGGAACAAGUUAUGGCAAUAAAAUUUGUUCGUGAAGCACACAUCAAAAAAUUCAACAAGCUGAUGAAAUAUGACCUUCCAGCAGAACUGGAGAGUCUGAGAUCACUGCUGGCUUCAACUCCUUCACCAGUAGUGUUCUGCCAUAAUGAUGUACAAGAAGGAAAUAUCCUCAUGUUGGAUGGCAGGGAAAAUUCAUCCGACAAACUAAUGCUCAUUGACUUUGAAUACAGCAGCUAUAACUACAGGGGUUUUGACUUUGGGAAUCAUUUCUGUGAAUGGAUUUAUGACUACACCCAUGACCAGUGGCCAUUCUUUAAGGCAAAGGUGGAAAAUUACCCCAACAGACAACAACAGUUACAUUUUAUCAGACACUAUCUGUCAGAAAGAGGAAUCGUAGCUCCUGAAGAUCAAGCCAGGUUAGAAGAUGAGAUGAUCAUUGAAGCAAACCGGUUUGCCCUUGCAUCUCAUUUCCUCUGGGGUUUGUGGUCCAUCAUACAAGCAAAGAUCUCCAAAAUCGAGUUUGGAUACAUGGAUUAUGCACAGCACAGGUUUAGCACAUACUUCAAACAGAAGAAACUCGUUUCUUAAGCUCUUCAUCACAUCUAAAGCUCAUACUGUACUUCACAUGGGCAUCUCUCUCAAUAUCUUUUUGUUUGUUUUUCAAAACCAUUAAGAAAAGGGCACAGACUGAGGCUUUUUUAAAAACAGAAUGGUUCAUUCUGAGGAACAUUAUUCUUGAAUAUUGAAAAUAUCCAAAGAUAUCCUGCCUUAAUCUCAUGUUUUGUAAAGCAUUAUGGCUGCUUUUCUAGGACUGUAUGGUUGCUUGUGUCCCUUGCAAAAAUGAAGCAUGAAACAACUAGCAGCUAGAGAAAGUAAAUACUUAAAGUGAUAGUUUACUCAAAAAUUAAAAUUGUCAUCAUUUACUCACCCUCAAAUUGUUACAAACCUGAUCUCCUGAACACAAAGGAAGAUAUUUCUAAUCAAGCAGGAAACAGGAGCACCAUUGACUUUCAUAGUAGGAAAAUAAAGUCAAUGGUGCUCAAACUUUCUGGUUACAUGCAUUGCUCAAAAUGUCUAAUUUUUUUUAAUUUAUUUUUUUAUUAAAAUUAUCACCAAAACUUGGACAAUUUUAAUUUUUGUGUGAACUCUCUCUUUAAAUGUGUUUAGUUGAUUCAUGCAUCGUUCAAACGUUUUCAUGCUAAAGUCAAACUAUCAGUCAUUUUAUUUAUAAUAAUUUAUCUUUUCGAAUUAUAUAACCGUUUACAUUUUU